AUGAUCAACAAGGAGUUUCUCGACUUUGACCACAGCAUUUCCGACGAGGAAAGCAUGGCCGUCGAGCAGGCGCGUGGCGGUAACCGUAGCAACCGCGGUACGCCCAGCAGAAUCAGCUCCAAGUUCGACAGCCUCUACGACGUGACCCCGCCCACCAACCGGUCGCGUAAAUCUCAUCUCGCAGACACGGGCAGUCUUCGGCGUGACGCGGCUAUCCGACGCGCCUCUCGCAACGACCUCGACGCUGCAUCGCCCCGCCCCUCCAGCAAGCGCAAUUCCCCGGCCCUCGCCAAGGAGGACCGCAAGCGCAACACUCUUGCGCAGCUGCAUGCAAAGCUGUCUGAAGACGAGUCGUCAUUCAUGGACCAGCGACCCCCAACCGUCACAAUUGACUCGACCAAGAACUCGCGCUGGAGCAACCGCAGCCGGCAGGCGUCGCUCCAGAUUGACGGCAACGUCGAUACUGUGCACAGCAAAGGAACGCCGCGCUCCAAGCAAAGCGCAGCCCAGAACGCGACUGCUCAGUCCUUUAUUCUUCCUGAUCUUCCUAACCUCACCGAGCUGGUCUCUGGUGUAUUUGACGACGGCACGCCAGUUUUCUCCAAGACGACUACAUCGCGAUCACGCUUUUCUGCGCCACCGAAUGGUGGUCGCCGCCCGACAUACGUUCCAGUAGAGGGCGUCCCGAUUCCGGACGAGGAAAAGGCCAUCUUUUCUGCGCUCCAGCAAUUGCAGGAGAAGGUUGCAGAGAUGGAGCACGAGCGUGCGGAACAAGAGAAGAAGAUUGAAGAGCAGGAUCUCGAGCUGAUUGAGCUGCGGGCCGCGGCACAAGCACAGGAAAAGUUCCGUAGAAGCGACAGUGCCCAGGAUUCUGAUACUAGUGCGAAGAACAGCUGGAAGAUUGAGAAGACGCGACUUGAUGCCACAGUGCAAACUCUCCGAACAAGAAUUGACCGCGCCGACCGAAAAGUGGCUGUCCUGGAAAUCGAGAAGAAGCGAUUGAACACGGAGAAGGAGAGCAUGGCUAACCAACUUGGAAUCGCUUUCCAGACGUGUGAAGAGCUCAAGGACGAGAAGAGGGUUCUGAGCAAUGAAAACGAGGAGCUUCGCAAGGAAGUGGAGAUACUUCGUGCAGAGAAUGAAGCCCUGCGGGACCGCCUCGACCAGGACCAGUCGCAGCACCUGGAGGAGACCACACAGCUACGACGACAGUUUGACCAGGCUGCCAAUGCAACCGAAAAGGAGAAUGCCAACCUGCACGCCGAACUAGCUCGUGUGCGCGCCGAGCAUGACGAGAACACACAGCAACUUUCUCGCAGAGAUGCAGAAUUGCGACGAGUACGUCAAGAGCAAGCCGAGUACGCCAGUCUCAAGGCAGACCACGAGUCGCUGAGGUCUCAGCUUGCCGAACUCAAGGCCAGGCGGGAAGAAGAUGCCCAGCGCUGGGCUCGCUUGGAGGCUUCUUUGCGCAGCAAGGUUGAUCGACGUGAUGAGACUAUCCGACACUUCCAGGACACCACCCAGGAGCAGACAAACGAGGCCAUCCGCCUGGACAACGAGAAUCUCCGCAAUGAGCUGCUCGAGCUUCAGGCACAGCAAGACGAGGAGUACGAGCAGUGGGCAAGGAAAGAGGCGGAGCUGCAACGGAAGAUUCAGCUCCGUGAGAAGGCUCUCCGAAAGAGCCGAGACGACUUCGAUGACGCUACUACAUCAAGGAGUGCAAGCCGACCUCGUGCCUUUGAAGAGCCUCUACAACGGAGACCCAGCUAUCGCCGCGAAGAUACACGCACGCGUAUCAAGAACCGUGUCCAGCAGGAAGUGCGGAACAGCAAAUUUGAAUCUCAAGAGAGCCCACGAAAGUCUUUUACCAACCACUCGAGGUUCUCCACUCGAAGUGCAUCUGCGCCUGUUUCUACCGAGAAGCAUGCGCGCGUAGAAAGCGAGGUUGAGUCAACAACUGACUUGUCUCUCGCACCUCGUUCGACGCUGCGUAUCUCGCGAAACACGGUGUCUGCCAGGCAGACGACUAUCCAGCCUCCUGACCUGGAUCUGACUGAACUGAGCUACAUCGACAAGGAUCAAAUUGCCCAGAUUCGACGCCUCCUGGAGGAAGACCGAGUGGCCGGCCGUGAACGGGCUUCGUCUGCUCCAGCAGAAGAGGUGCCUCGCGAGGAUACCGUUCGAUCUCAGCGUCAGACGCGCGAAGAUACCAUUCGAUCAGUCGCUUCGGCUAAGAGCGAACGCCGCCCUUCACUUGUACGCAAGUCAUCGCUCAAGGACACUACGCAACGCACCAACGGCACGCAAUUCGAGGAAGACACUGGCAACUUGUCUAACGCGGACGUGGACGCCGAGGCUACACAGACGAAGCAGUCUAUCGACGCUUCAAUGGCGAGCAACACGAGCCGAAGACGCCGCAGCGCUCCUACUGAGAUGACAUCGGCGUUCAUUGUUCCUGAUAUUAAGCUCAGCACGUCUAAGAAGGCCAAUGCGGCUAACAUUCAGAGGGCACUUCCCAAGGAGCAUGACAACAACAACUGCACUUUCUGUCGCCGUGAAGGUUACACCACUACCACUGAGGCUCUCCGUGUACCCAGGCUUGUACCAGCAUCUGUACGCACCGCAGACGACGUGGACGCGACUCUUCGUCCUGCACAAUCACCCAAGGAGGCACUCGCACUUGUAGUCAAGGGACUCAAUGACGAACGCAUCCACUUGCACGCCGAACUAGCCAUUCAGCGCGCCCUUCUCGAACAGCACGACCCCAGUCUAGGCAACCGCAAGCGUGUUGCACUCAACGAAUCUAUCCAGGAUCUUCUCCGCCGUAUCGAUUUCCUCGACAAGCAAGUCUACCGCCUCUUCGAUGUCCUCGAGGGCCAGCAGGCUGAUGACCUGACGGAGCAAGAUGUCGAGGAGCUGACUGGUCAGAUCCGAGUUGAGGAAGAGAAGACGGGACACAGUGAGAAGAAGGCGAAGAAGGUUACUAUCCGCAGCUUUGUCGAUGAAGACGACAGCGUUGAGAUUGGCAGAGGCGGUAUCAACAAGAACGAUGGUGCCGAUGAGGAAGAGGACAAUACGCAAGAGUUGCCAUGGGAAGGUUUUGAAGAUGAAGAAGAUUCAGGUCCUGAGGGAGAUCACAGUUACUCUGCUAUGGUGUUUUAGUAACCCUGUCUCCUAUUUUUCUCAUUGGAUUCAAUGGUCUAGGGUUUUUCUUUCCCUUUUUUCUUCUUCUUCAGAAUAGGGUUGAUGAGGCGUGAUUUGGGAUUUACAUUGUUAUUUGCAUAGGAAGGGUUCCACAUCAAACUGGCUGGGGUUGGAUUGGAAUGGAUUAUCUCCAAGGAGUUAUUGAUGUUUUUACUUGAGCUCUCUUAUGUUGAGCGGAUAUUGUUUCCUCUUUUUCUUUCUUUUUGCAUCUUUUUUCCUUGCUGCAGUUUCU